UGCAUGUUUGCAUAUAAAAAGCAUCUGUUCAAUGCUUUUCUGGUCAUUUGAAGCUGAAAAGCAGGAACACGCGAUCUGAACAGCAAACACAGGAUUAUGUUGGACUUAACUCGGCUGUGGAAUUCCUCCCACCUGUCCACAGCCUUCGCGGAAACCUGCUCUAUCAAACCUCAUAGCUUCUCUGUCUUGCCUGGUCUCCAUCUUCAGUGAUGGCUGAAUGGAGUUGGGUGGCCUACACAGUCCUAGAAGUGCUGAUUGCUGUGGCCUGUUGCCUUGGCAAUGUGUUGGUGGUGUGUGCGGUGUGCAUUGGCAUCCGGGAUUCCCUGCGGGAGCCAACCUUCUGCUUCCUCGUUUCCCUGGCAGUGGCUGACUUCCUAGUGGGUGUGGCGGCUGUACCCCUGGCUGUACUAUUAGAUGGUUGGGUGAGUGUGACCCCUGACCUAUGCCUGCUUCUCAGCUGUGUCGUGCUGGUGCUGACUCAGGCCUCUGUGCUGUCACUGCUCGCUAUUGCCGUGGACAGAUACCUCCGGUUACACAUACCGCUCAGAUACAAAGCCCUGGCCACACAGAGGCGUUCAUGGAUGGCCGUGUGCGUGUGUUGGACACUCGCCUGUCUACUGGGGUUCACUCCUCUGUUUGGCUGGCGCAACUACUCCCCUCUAGCAUCUGAUUCCACCAAUACAUCUUCCCCUUCCUUCAUCCCUCCACCCUGCACCUUCCUCUCAGUUAUCUCCCUCCCCUUCAUGGUCUACUUCAACUUCCUGGGAUGUGUCAUGGCACCCCUGCUGGUCAUGACCGUCCUCUACACUCGAAUCUUCUGGAGCCUGCAGGGCCGUCUGAAGGAGAGCUGUCCCCAAGCCCAGGCCUCUCUGCUCAGGGAGAAGAGGCUGGCCUGCUCACUGGCUCUGGUUCUCAUUUUGUUCGCCGUCUGCUGGAUUCCUCUGCACCUGAUGAACUGUUUGCUGCUGUUUCAUGGUCCUCAAGCUGUCACAGAGGGGAUGCUCUAUACAGGCAGGUAUUCUCCUAUCUCAUGCCAACUCAGCAGUCAACCCUGUGGUCUACGCUUAUCGCUUCCCAAAGAUCCAACAGGCCUACAGUCAAAUAUGGAGGCGCUUCGUCAUGAACAUAAACUGUUGCCAUAGGGACAAGCAAGUUCGCCGAUCAAGAACAGGCAGCCGAGUCCAUCACACAGAGACGUGUGGAUCAGGAGGGAAGACCACGCCCUAACAAAAGGACCACAGGGUCAUUUUAAGUUCAACAUGUUUGAGGUUUGAGUUCAUGGGACUUUGUGUUUUUUUUUAAACCAAUCAAACAAUAAAAAUCACUGUCCAACAAUCAUUUAAGGUUUUAUUACAGAUAAACAAUGGCAAAAAUACAGGCAGCCAGUGAGUGUUUAAGUGAAA